AUGUCGCAUAAUCAACAAGAUGAGGAAGAUAUAAACUUCCAGGAACUUGUAGGAAAUUUAUUAAGUACACAUAAUGAACAAAUUAACGAAGACGAAACGGACAACCAGCAGAAUGAGGAUCCACAUAUCGAUUUACCCGAUUUACACACUGCUGAAGAUGACCUAGUUGCUGUGGUAGCUAAUGCUAUUCAGAACAUGGACGUAGUUGAGGGCUCACAUCAAAUAGAACAGACACCCACUCAAACACACAGCAGUCAUGACGAUCAAAUGGAAAUUGAUAAGGAUAUCGAGCUUGAUGAGGAAGAAAGACAACACCGAGAAUGGGCAAGGCUACUGCGACAAGGCAUCUUGGAGACAGAAAAAACAGAGACUGAUAAUAUUGAUCACAUACAAGAAAAUGAGGAGAAUCUAGAUGAUGAGGAUGAAAAUCUAAGAAGAGCCAUUUUGGAAUCAUUAAAUGAGCUAAAUGUACCGCAAUCGACUAAACAAACUAAGAAAGCUUCUAAGAAGAAGAAGAAAGAAAAAGAUAAAGAUAAAAAUAAAAAGCCAGAGAAAGGAACCGAAAAGAAGCCUGAUAAGAAAUCAGAAAAGAAAUCAGAAAAGAAAUCAGAAAAGAAAUCAGAAAAGAAAUCAGAAAAGAAAUCAGAAAAGAGUACAGAUAAGAAAUCAGAUAGAAAGCAGGAAAAAAAGUCCGACAAAAAGAGUACUAAAAAAUCUGACAAAAAAUUAAUAAAAAAAUCUGAUAAUUUAGUAAUACCGAAAACUCCCUCCAAGAUACAACAAAAAUCAAAUAAUCAAUCUGAACAACUAAAGACCAUUGAUGAUGAUAUCAGCUUACUAAAUUUUGAAGACGUGAUCCAAGGCUUUAUGAAGGAAGGUGAAGAAGCUGGUAACAAAUAUGCAACAGCUGGCGAUGAUAAUUUUGCCGCUGAUGAAAUUGUUGAAGCAACUUUGAAAGCCUUUGAAAAGGAGCUUCUCAAUGUUACUGAAAAAGAUAAAAAAAAGAAGAAAAAACCAAUACGACAGUCUUCAACAACAAAAGAUACUGCUAUUUCAAAUUUGAAAUCAAAAACUAAAAAGUCGAAAAAGGAUAAUAAAACUAUCACCCCUAAUCAUAUUUCAACAGUGGCCAAAAAGCAUAUUUCUAAUGAAACUCCUAAGGCUAAUUUACAAACAGAUGAUGAUGAGUACGCCAAGGCAUUAGCUGAUGUUGUAGAGCAAGUUGUGAGCAAAUCGUUUGUUUCCAAUGAAAAAGCCUCUGAGAUGAAGAAAAAAGCCGAAACGCCUAGAGCUGUGAUACCGCCUAUACAGAAACGUAUAAGUGGUCCAAGCAGUUUACAGAAACAACAACAAGUGAUUCCUAAGGAGAAAGUUGCACAGAAAUCCAAGUCUGUGAAAGAGACAAAACAUAAGAAAGAUGUAAAAAAACAGAAACCAGAGAAAACACACAAACUAGAGGCUGCUGAGGAGCCUUUUGAUAUGAAUGCUAUCAUGAAAAAUGCUAUGGAUAUGGCAUUUCAAAACCAUGAGAGCAAUGACCUGGAUACUUCAGUUAUUGAAGAAUUCAACCGUGGGCUAGGCGAUAUGACCAUUGCGGACAUUCUUGCUCCAAAAAGCUUGAAAGCAAAGAAGAAAACGAUCUCUAAAAAGAAAUCUUCAGCAGAAUUAGAUGAUAGGGGGUCUGAUAAAAGCAAAUCCAAACUAAUAGCAACAAAGUCGAAACUCCCAGAUAAGGUUGAUAACAAUAACCACCGUUUACCAAGUGCUGCUGUGGUUACACCUAGUGUAGUUCAUGAAACUAAUCUAGAAGAGAAGAAAAAGGAUUUAAAAGCGAAAGAUAAUAAAACAGAACUUACUGAUUUAAGAGUCAAGACACUACCAUCCUCUCAACAAAUUAAAGUUUUUAAAGUUAAUGCUGGCGGUAGGGAAGCUGUUAAUCAUGAUGCUAGUGCCCCAAUAUUACAUAAAAUCAAAUUCUCCAAUCGUUCAGAUGAAAGACAGAAAACGAUGCCAGUAACAAAAACAAUAGAAACUACAAGAAUGAAACUCUCUAAGCAAUAUUUAGCUGCUGUUAAUGAAGCAGUUUCCCUAGUCAAGAAGAAAAGGGCUGCCUUGAAUAAACAGAAGAAGGAAGAAGAGAGGAGGUUAAGACAGGAGCGAAAAGAACAGAAGAAACUCAAGAAACUUCAAGAGAAGGAGAAGAAAGAGAAGGAGUCCAGAGAACUAGAGGAAAUCGUGGCAAAAGGACCACCAUAUCCAGCAGAUCUUAGAUUGACGAAAAGCGGCAGACCAAAAAAGCCAUAUAGAAGGUGGACAAAGGAAGAAAUGGAGGCAAGAGUGCAAAAAAGUACUGAGGAAGCAUUAAAACCAAAGAAAGUGAAAAAGGUAAAGAAAAAGAAAGAUAAGAAACCUAAAAAACUCUCAUUAAAUGCAUUGAAGAAAAUACCACUGUUCAACUUGUCGAAAGGGUUAACUCCAUUAAUGGCAAGUUUAAGUUACCUGUCUGAUGGAAAAUCCAGCAGAAAAGAUUCUCAAAAUAAUAACAUUGUUCAGAAGUCUAAUAAUAUGAGUUCUGAGGAGAUGGCGAUGAAUGCUGCAAAAAAUCAGAAAAAUGCAACAAACAUUACGUAUUAUGAUCCAUCAUGUGAUGCAAUUGUCCGCAAAGAGAUCAUCGAAUACCAUCCUCCUUGGGUAAUACCUAACAAUCCUCCAUUAACUCUUCCAGUCGUUACUCUCCUAAGAAGAGAUGCGAUUGACAAACUGGUUCCAAGUGGUAAAGCAAGCAAACGAAAGAAAAAAACAUCCGAAUAUGGAACAGUUAGUGCUAGAGAAAAGAUGAUGUCUUCUAUUUUGGGUCCAAUUGUCAAUACUUUGAAAGCUGCAGCAAAAGCUAAGACUGCCUCAGGUGCAUCCCCAGAAGAAGCAAGCAAAUACCUAGCAACUAUUAUUCAAUACACAAAAAACACAAUAGUGAAGGCCCUUCUAAAUGCUAGGUCAUCACAAUUGCAAUCAAUCAAAACGGAGACAUCAGUACGUCUUGAUUCUCCAUCUUUGACUAAUGGAAGUCAAACCAUUCCUAUUUUCAAUUCAAGGAAGAUAGUGAAUUCUGGUAACCGUGAAGGGAAUUUAAUAAGCCCAAAAAAAGGUACAAUCACAAUUGAUGACAAAGAAGACACAACCAAGAAACACGCAGUUCCUAUAAAAAUUGAAGAAGAAGUGACAAUUCAUGACUUUACGCCUGUGAGGACGCAAAUACCAUGGAAUAAUUAUCACAUCUUAUUGUCAAACAAUGACGCAAUAAAAGAAUACGAAAGAUUACAACUUUGGAGAGAAGCAACUGUCAAUGAUAUCUGUCAUAACAACGGACACAUUAAUGACAUCUCUAAUGAUGACAUCAAUAUGAUCAAUUCAGAUCAUGGAGAUAUGACCGAUGACGGGGAAAUGGCUAUCGAUCCAUCUUUAUAUGGUAUGGAUAAAAGUGCAUCUCAUCCUAUUGAAAACAACAUAGAACCUGUCUUAUCUCAUAAUAACAAAACUUCCCAACCAACCUCAAUAUUAAUAGAAGACAAUGAACUUCAUCCUCCAAGUACGAAACAUAUAGAGAAAAACUUCAAAAAUACACCAAACUCUGUUGGGAAUUAUGCACAUAUUGUAGAUAUUAACGAUGAAAGCCAUAGCAUCACGAUAGAUGUUGGAGUAGACGAAUCCGUAGAAAACCCGCUAUCAGAGAUUAACGAAACACAUGUAAAGUUUGACAAUCCCAAGCCGACAUCUCGUGAUUCUGAUGCGCAUAUCUCAACAGGUUCUAACAAAGCUGACAAUCACAAAAGUUCAGACGAGAAUAAUACUAGUGAGGAAAUUGGUAGCCAGAGAAACUUCAAUUCAAAUGAUAAUGACAAAGGUCCAUUGAUAAAUAGGUUGAUCCGUGAACAGCUCAUAGAUUUGGAUCAUGAAUCACAAAAAGAAGGCUCUAUGCCAGAUUUUAGUGAUCUGAUUUCUAAUACACUAAGCUCUGUACUGCCUGAAAUUGAGAAAAGUGCAACGACGAUGAAAAAACCAAGAAAGGUUAAUAAAGAAACACCAAACAAUGUAUUAAACUUAGAUGGGUUAGUGCCACCUGUUAGCAAGAUAAUUAAGAAGGAGGAAAGCGCUGAAAGACUAUCUCCAACUGGUCGCGUGAAUCACACUUUGCCUAAAAAACUAGUUAUACCGUUAAACAACAUCUCGAACUCCAAUAACACAUUACCUUCUGUAAAAACUGAGGAGAAAUCAGUAGUUAAAAAAGAGGUGGUAAAAAUUGUAAAACCCAGACCAGUUACUCCUACCUUCAGCUUCAAUAUCCCGAAUUUGAAAAACUAUCCUGGUAUGGCUACACUAGUAACUAAGUUGUUAAAGAAGUAUCUUACCGCAGAGGAGUUUAACCAAUUCAAAAGGGAAUCUAAUAAAGAGAGGAAAAGAAAAUGGAGGGAAGCGAACUCGCAGAAAAACUGGGAGAAUGAUCUAAGAUCACGGCUAAAGAGGCGCGCUAAUGAAAAGUUUGGACCUGAAAAUAAUGAAGCGAAACAGAAAUGGAUUCAAGAAGAAUUUGACUCAAGGGUUUCAAAAGACAAAAUUAAACUCGAAGGAAGUGAAACGAUAGAUAGAUCGGGAAACACAGUGAUGACUGACAGCGAUUCUUUACAAAUUCUUGCAGGUAGUUUCGGUAAAUUAGAUCUUGCUAGAAAAAUCGAAACAGAAGUUAAUGACAUUAUCGAAGAUUUCAUUGAGAACUCUAACAAGAAAAAACGGAAAGUGACGAAAAAUAAAGACAUUCCAGCCAACUAA